AUGUCCGGUAGCUAUUCUAUUCCCGGUACCUUUAUCGGUCGACCAACGCAGCGAGAAGACUUCUCGCAUGAACCUGCCACCGUGAGCCUCGCUGGAGAGAGCUACUUCUUCAGUGGCCCAGCAAGAAGUUACGGACGAGUUCACAGAGGGAUGGGAGGUCAACCAAAGCUUGACUUUGAUCAUCGAAAGGGGCUCGACAAGACUGCAUACAUCAUUCUUGACAGUUCUGAGCUUGAGGAUUAUGGGGAGAUCGCAGAUCUCUACACAGAACACGAUGUUGAGCGCCCAUCAUUCCUAUAUCUCGGUCCCAACAAGACUUUCUAUACUCGUGUAGACGAUGGAACUGAGGAGUGGGAGCUCCCUCAAGAGAUAAUCCGUGAAGGCUUACAAGUGACACCCGACGCAGUUCGGUCUGCGGUUGACAGUCUUUGGCUUGGUGUUGGCGACGCUUGGGUUGCACAGUAUCGAGACUCUCGCUUCAGAUUUGACCUCAAGGGUCAAUAUGCCAACCUGGAGCCGGUUUUGCGCCAGAAACAGGAUGAGGAGGUCUCUAUCAAUGCGCUGGCAUUGAAUGUGGCUGAUGGAAAGUCUUAUGUCUGUGUCCUUAACGAUGGAGAUGUGGUGUACGAGGCUGGUUCAGCUCGCUUUGAUGGAAAGGAACUUGAGGCUUGGUGUGAGCAGAACUUCAGAUUCACCCAGAGGCUGAGAUUCGCUUAA